GCUCUCUGCGCUGCAUGGACCUCUCCUCGUAGACGACAACGACGUACUGCCUGUCACCCACACGCACACUGCCCCCUGAUCCCCCGAUCGCCCAGCCAGAGCACAGGCCAGAGCACACCACAGUCACCAGCAUGUACCACCCCUUCCCCACCCCGGCCACCCCCGGCACCGCCAGAGACCACUACUCCUUCCCCCCGCCGCCCUCCCUCCACCCCCCGCCUCACAUCGCCCACCUCCAGCACCCCCUCCACCCCAUCCACCACGCACCGCCCCCGCCCCCGCCCGCCCGCCAGUCCUCCUCCAACUCGCAGUCCGCCGGCUCCAGCCGCCGCGGCAGCCACGCCCAGGGCCAGUACUCGGACUCGGAGAGCGACGGCGAGGACGACAAGGCCGAGCGCGACAAGCUCGAGAUCCGGCGAGAGAAGAACAGGGUCAAGCAGCGCAACCUCCGUCUGCGACGGGCAAACCACAUUGCAGACCUCGAACGCGACGUCUCCACCCUCAAAUCCGAGUCCUCCUCCCUCUCCAACGCCCUCUCCAACGCCCAUGCCCGCGAAGCGAGUCUCCAAGGAUGGAUCCAUGACCUCGAAAGCGUCUUGUUCCGGAACGGCCUCGCAGCCGACGUCGAGGGUAUGCGCAGAGUGUGGGCAGAGCGCGGUGCUGGCUCGGCUGGCGCUGUCCCCGGUGUCGGCCCAGGCGCAGGAAGCAGGAGAGGCAGUCUGUACCCCCAAGCAGUCGGCACCGGCGUCAACGGCGACCCACUGUCAACCCUUGCCCGCGCAGCCUCUCAACAAACCCCAACCUACCCUCACCCGCAUCACCACCCCCACCCGCACCACCCGCACAGCGGCCACCCCACCAUGCAAAUGCCCGACCGGCCCACCCUGCCAAGACCGGGCUCCUUCUCGAAACCGUACGACAACCCAUACCCCACCCCCGACGUCGUCUGGCCGCCCAGCCGCGAGCCCGACAUGUCCCUCGGCGCCGGCUCAAGCCUGAGCGCCGGCUCCGCCAACGCCCCAGCGCCCGCGGAGGGCGGUAAGAGGAAAAGAGGCAACGACUGGGAGCCUUACGGCCUCGCCGGCGCCGGCGCCGGAGCCAUGCCCCCUUCCGCCUCUUCCUCUGCCCAGAACCCCAACCAGCCCCGCUCCGCCUCCUUCUCCCACCACCCUUCCCAGAACCAAGCAGGCCAGCAAGCCAUGCCCGGCCCGGGCAUGUCCCGCCGCUCAGACCCUUCGCUCAACACUCUCCCGCCCAUCCACGCGCUCCCAAACGCCUCGGCCGCGGGGGGUAGCCCCGCUUCGACCCCUACCGGUUCUGCCGCGGGGUCGUUCUUCCCCCCCGGCGCCUCUGCUUCCACCUCCUCUGGCGCAUUGUCGGACGACAGGGGCUCACAAGGACAGGGGCAGGGCGAAGGUAAAGUGUCGCCCCGGUUGAUCCGCAUAAGCGACCUCGUCUCGCCCUCCCACGCCGGGGAGACGUUCUGGGGGCACGGAGAGAUCAAGAGGGGGAGUAUCGGUCUUUCUCCGAAACAAAUCCCAACAGACCCUCUCCGCCUGCCUCCCUUCCGCCUUCAAGGAUCAACAUCGUCUACAGCGUCGACGGCUUCUUCGGCGCCAGGAGGGCAUGGGGGACACGAGUUGCCACCGCCUUUAUCAGAGAUGAGGGCGUAAAGCACCUUUUCACUUUCAAUUCUUCUCUGCCGGCCGUGCAUUCGUUGGUUGAGCUUUUUGUGGUUUUGGUUUUUUUCAGCUGGGUGUAGG